UUCAAUGACAACCCCGCUCUUGUUUAAUUUCCACUUUUCUUUUUGUUUCUAUACAAAAUUGUCUUAAUUCUUCAACAACAACAAACAAAAUCAAACACUACCUCUACGUAUCGUUGCCAUUGUUUCACUAGCAAAUAACACCUGUAAAUCUCACUCUCUUCCUCUUUCUCUGUCUCUUGUUAUCAUUAUAUCAAACACAGUUUAUAUAUUCCAUUAUCUUUGUUUCAUUAUUGGUGCAAAUGUUUUAUUUUUUAAAAAUAGAAAAUAUAUAUCAAUCUGUAACUACUCUAUAAUCAGGCGUUGAAAUCGUGUGCUGAGAUUGGUUGAGAGGUCUGUUUUGUUGGUUUUUUUCAUUGUCGACCAAACCAGGCAUAGACUCUAAACCUCCUCUCUUUCUUUGUGUAAUGUGUCUUAAUUAAGGGAGCUGAUAGAGUUUGGAUUUACCUGAUAGAGAGAGAAUGAGGUUAUCGGCGUCGUCGGGAUCGUCGUCGAAGCAAUCCAAUUACAACCGGUCAUUCGAUCUACCGGACGAUCUCGACGACUCCACCACCAUCAGUGGCGGCGGCGGAGAAAUGCUGCCGAUAUUUUUCGACGGCCUUGGACGACAGAGCAAUUCGCAAGACUUAGUUGAAGUCACGCUAGAGCUCGAAGACGACUCAGUCGUCAGGUACAGCGUAAGUCCGACGAGAGACGAGUUGCAGCCGCCGUCACUCGAGAGGAACCUGUCGAUUACGUCGAGGAUUCGCCGAAAAUUCCCGUGGCUGAGAUCUUCGUCUAACGGGUCGGAAACUGCUUCGGAGGAUGCAGUAGAAGAGAAUACGAUCAUGUCGGCUCGCGAUGCUCGAAGAAUGAAAGCGAGUCUUCAACGAUCGCGAUCGAACGCGCAGCAAGCUCUCAAAGGACUCAGAUUCAUCAGCAAAAGUACAAGUACUAGAGCUUGCGAUUCCGAAGAGUUAUGGAGGAAAGUUGAGUCCAGGUUUUACAAACUCGCUAAGGACGGUUUGCUUUCUCGAGAAGAUUUCGGUGAAUGCAUAGGAAUGGUUGACUCGAAAGAGUUUGCGGUGGGGAUAUUCGAUGCAUUGGCACGGAGGAGGAGACAGAAGACAGCGAGGAUAACGAAAGAAGAGCUACGCGAUUUCUGGUUACAGAUUUCGGAUCAGAGUUUUGACGCGCGACUUCAGAUUUUCUUUGACAUGGCGGAUAUCAAUGAGGACGGAAGAAUUACAAGGGAGGAGAUUCAAGAGCUUAUAAUGCUCAGUGCUUCUGCAAACAAGCUAUCCAAGUUGAAAGAACAGGCUGAAGACUACGCUUCGUUAAUAAUGGAAGAACUAGAUCCGGAAAAACUAGGAUACAUUGAGUUAUGGCAGUUGGAAACGCUGCUCCUACAAAGAGACACUUACAUGAAUUAUAGCAGACCACUGAGCACAGCAAGUGUAGGCUGGAGUCAGAACCUUGGUUCCUUCAGACCCAAGAAUGUGAUGAGAAGAGUUACCGGAACACUAAAGGGUCACAUACUAGAGAAUUGGCAGAGAGGCUGGAUUUUGAUGUUGUGGUUCUUUGUCAUGGCUGGCCUUUUCGCCUUGAAAUUCAACCAAUAUAGAAAUAGAGCAGCAUUUCAAGUCAUGGGCUAUUGCGUGACAACUGCAAAAGGGGCUGCAGAGACUCUGAAACUCAACAUGGCUCUCAUACUCUUACCAGUUUGUCGAAACACUCUCACAUGGCUUCGGUCCACAAGAGCCAGGUCCCUUAUCCCCUUUGACGACAACAUUAAUUUCCACAAGACGAUUGCAUGUGCUAUAGCCAUUGGAAUCUUCACCCAUGCGGGAACCCAUCUAGCAUGUGACUUUCCUCGCAUUAUAAACUCAUCUCCAGAAGAUUUUGCCUUGAUAGCUUCCGAUGUCGGAAACACACGACCCACAUACAAAGGCCUCUUGAGUGGGGUUGAAGGGGUGACUGGGAUUGCUAUGGUGGUCUUAAUGGCCAUCUCAUUCACAUUAGCAAUAAGAGGCUUCCGGAGAAAUCUGGUGAAGCUGCCUGCACCAUUUAACAGAUUGACGGGGUUUAAUGCAUUCUGGUACUCUCAUCACCUUCUUGGUCUUGUCUAUAUUUUGCUAAUUGUUCAUGGAAGUUGCUUGUUCUUGGCGCAAAAGUGGGAUCAAAAAACGUCAUGGAUGUACAUCUCUGUUCCAUUGUUGCUCUACAUAGUAGAGCGGACUGUGCGAAGGUGUAGAUCAGUGCGUUAUUCAGUCAAAGUAUUAAAGGUUUCAGUACUACCAGGAAAUGUUUUUAGUUUAGUCAUGUCCAAGCCUCAGGGAUUUACGUACGAAAGUGGGCAAUACAUAUUCCUACAAUGCCCAACAAUCUCUCCAUUUGAAUGGCAUCCAUUUUCCAUCACUUCAGCAUCAGGAGAUGACUACCUAAGUGUUCACAUCCGGAUAGCAGGCGACUGGACACAAGAAUUGAAGCGAAUUUUCACAGAGGGUACUCAUUUACCACCAUCUAUUAUUGGUCCAGCCGAACUUAGUACUCCACAGACUCUACUCAGGCAAAAGGAUCAGACAAGCCAUCCAAGACUGCUAGUUGAUGGACCAUAUGGGGCUCCAGCACAAGACUACAAAAAUUAUGAUGUCUUGCUCCUAGUUGGACUUGGAAUUGGAGCUACUCCUUUUAUAAGCAUCCUUAGAGAUCUUCUAAACAAUACCACAGAAGAACAGCAGGAUUCAACCACAGAAACGAGUAGAUCAGAUGACAGACUGAAUAGUUAUACAUCUUCAAAUGUGACACCAGGAAGCGGAAACAAGAAGUUGCAGAGGGUCAAAAGUGCUCAUUUCUACUGGGUUACCAGGGAACCUGGAUCAUUUGAAUGGUUUAAAGGAGUCAUGGACCAAGUAGCAGAAAUGGAUCACAAAGGUCAAAUUGAGCUGCACAACUACCUUACAAGUGUUUAUGAAGAGCAGGAUGCGAGAUCAACCCUGAUCACAAUGGUUCAAGCUCUGAACCAUGCUAAACAUGGCGUUGACAUCCUAUCUGGCACCCGAGUAAGGACGCACUUUGCUAGGCCUAAUUGGAAAGAAGUAUUCACUAAAAUAGCUUCAAAGCAUCCACACGCGACAGUAGGGGUUUUCUACUGUGGGUUGCCAGUUUUGGCACAGGAGCUGAAGAAGCUAUGUCACGAGCUCAGUAACAAGACCUCUACACGAUUCGAGUUUCACAAGGAGUAUUUCUAAAAUAAAGGGAUCACCAUCAAAAUACCGACCUUUUUUUUGGGUAACCAUUUUAAUGAUUCUAAAGGAAAAGAUAUUUAUGUAUCCAUUAUAAUAGCUCACAAGAUGUAAAUACAAGCACUAUAUCUUACAAAAUUACCAGUGCAGACCAACACAAAUGAGAAUUUUAUAUAAUGAGAGGAAAUACAGAUAGUCAA